AUGCAGUUCGAGACAUUGCGACAGUUAUGUAGCUCUGUGUUGGCUCACUUUAACGGAUCUGUCACACCACCUCAUAACGUCCUGCAGACUGAGCUGUUGGAUCAGUCAUUGCAUUUCGGUAGAAAACGAAGCCCCUCAGCAUCGCGGGACCCCAGCCAGGCGUACAGCCAGCGGGAGGGGGGCGAGCACGCUCAGUAUGCCCCGGUGGACGGCGGCAUGCCCCGCUCCCCGUCCGACUACGGUCGAGACCCCCGCCGCAGCCCGCGGAGCUCCAGGAUGCACGACGGCACCGGGGGCUACCGCGACAGCCGCGGACGAUGGCACUCCCAGGACUAUCCUCUGGACGGCGAACUAGACGAGUACGAGCUGCGUCGGCGUCGCGAGGAGGAGUACCAGGCGCGCUACCGCAGCGACCCCAACCUGGCGCGCUACCCCGUCAAGCCGCAGCCCUACGAGGAGCAGAUGCGCAUCCACGCCCAGGUCUCGCGGGCGCGCCACGAGCGGCGCCACAGCGACGUCUCCCUGGCCUACACCGAGCUGGACGACCCGGCCUCCUGCUCCUUCGGCAGCCUGCGGCAGUCCCGCGCCCCCUCCCUGGCGGCCGGCGGCGGUGGACACGGUCCGCGCUCCUACUCCGUCGACCGCUCCUCGCCGGGCCCACGGACGUCUAACCACAGCCCCCCCACGCCACACCGGAGCCCCGUGCUGGGGGGUGGCGAGGGGGGCGGGCGGCGGAUGCCCGUCGUGCCGCCACAGACGCACCACCUGGACCCGAGCUCGGCCAUGCGGAGGGGCGGCACGGCCCGGCAGGACGGCGCCGUCGACGGCAUUCUGCGCAACGACUCGCUGAGUUCGGACCAGUCGGAGUCGGUGGUGCGGCCGUCGCCGCCGCGGCUCCGCAGCAAGCGCACGGGCAGGAUGCGGCAGACGGGCAGCUUCAGCAGCUCCGAGGAGGAGCUGGCCACCACGCCCGAGUACACCAGCUGCGACGACGUGGACCUAGAAAGUGAGUCGGUCGCACAAGAGUCAGAUAUGGACGGCCACUGGUGGGACCAUGCGUCGUGGCACAGUGACGCUCCCCCUAUGUCUAUGCACCCGGUGACAUGGCAGCCGUCCAAAGAUGGCGAGCGCCUAAUAGGGCGGAUUUUGCUAAACAAGCGGAUGAAGGAUGGCACGGUGCCCAGGGACACAGGGGCACUGCUGGGCCUGAAGGUGGUUGGAGGCAAGAUGACAGAGUCUGGUAGACUUUGUGCUUUCAUCACUAAGGUGAAGAAAGGGAGUCUAGCAGAUACUGUUGGACACCUCCGACCAGGUGAUCAGGUUCUGGAGUGGAAUGGGCGGGUCCUGCAGGGCGCCACGUUCAAGGAAGUUUACAAUAUCAUCCUAGAGUCCAAGCCAGAGCCGCAGGUGGAGCUGGUUGUUUCUCGACCCAUCGGGGAUGUCCCCAGAAUACCAGAGAGCACACAUGGACAACUUGAAUCAAGUUCCAGUUCUUUUGAAUCCCAAAAGAUGGGUCCGGCCAUCUCCGUCACGUCCCCCAUGAGCCCUGGGAUGCUCAGGGACGCCCCACAGUACCUAUCAGGACAGCUCUCAAGUCCAUGCCUUAGUAGAAGAACAACGCCUUUUGUCCCUAGGGUCCAGGUGAAGCUCUGGUACGACAAGGUGGGCCAUCAGCUCAUCGUCACCAUCCUGGGGGCCAAAGACCUGCCUUCAAGGGAAGACGGGCGGCCGAGGAAUCCCUACGUCAAAAUCUACUUCCUCCCCGACAGAAGCGAUAAGAGCAAGCGACGGACGAAAACAGUGAAGAAGUCCCUGGAGCCCAAGUGGAACCAGACCUUCAUGUACUCUCCAGUGCACCGGCGGGAGUUCCGCGAGCGCAUGCUGGAGAUCACACUGUGGGACCAGGCCCGCGUGCGCGAGGAGGAGAGCGAGUUCCUGGGCGAGAUUCUGAUAGAGCUGGAGACGGCUCUGUUGGACGACCAGCCGCACUGGUACAAGCUGCAGACGCACGAUAUCUCCUCCAUGCCCCUCCCCAACCCCUCCCCCUACAUGCAGCGCAGGCUACUGCAGGGAGAGAGCCCCACGCGACGCUUACAAAGAUCCCAGCGUAUCAGUGACAGUGAGUUCUCUGAUUACGACUGUGAAGACGGUAUUGGCGUAAUCUCAGAUUACAGGCACAAUGGCAGGGACUUCCAGAGCUCCACGCUGUCCGUCCCUGAGCAGGUCAUGUCGUCCAAUCACUGCUCGCGCUCAGACAUGAUCCGCACACGCUCGCGCUCCCCCAGCGUCCCUCCACCCCAAAGUCGGAGUCUGGACCACGGUGUCCGAGGGGGACCCUCGUUAUACGGCACUGGCAGAAUGGACCGGCACCGAUUGUCAGAAGACCACUACUCGCCCGACAGGUAUAGCCGGGGCAUGGUGGACAGGCACGAUUAUCACAGGUCCCGGUCCGCCGACCAGAGGCCCAUGAUGGAGAGGCCCGUCUACACGCGCUCCCGCUCGUCCGAGCGACCUGACUCGGGCUACAUGAGGUCCAUGCCGUCUUUGCCUUCUGGAAGAUCCGCCCCUCCCUCUCCCGCCCUUUCGAGGGCGAACCCGCGGUCAGUCCAAACCAGCCCCUCAGGGAGAGGUCGGCAGCUACCACAGGUCCCGCCCAAGGGCUCCAUAGACAGAACUGAGCCUGUGGCCGAGAAUGGGGAUGCAGGCGGCAGGGACCCACAAUCCAAGCGUGGCUUAGACACCCUGUCCAUGAAGUCUUCGGACAGCGAUGUAAGCGACGUGUCCGCUAUGUCGAGCGCGUCUCGACUUAGCAGCACGAGCUACAUGUCUGUCCAGUCUGAGAGGGCAAAGGGAAAUCGCAGGAUCAGUGACUUUACGUCCAAAAUGAAAAACAGGGCGGCGGGCACGGGCAGUGCCAUGACCAAGAGCUCCAGCGUGGGCGGCGAGAUGUGCUCGCUCGGCCGCAACGACGACGACGACGAGGACAAGAAGCGGCGCUCCAGUUUCGGGGCGCGCAUGGCCGCCAUGGUGGGCCUGGGCAAGAAGAGCCAGAGCACCUCGCAGCUCGACCCUGAAGAGGAGGAGAAGAAGAAGAAGGCGAUCCGCCUGCCGAUCCAGAGGAGUGUUGAGACGGGCCUGGCCGUCGAGUUUAAGAGCCGCAUGACGCGGCAGCCCAGCCGGGAGUCCACUGAUGAUACCGAGAAGGCCAAACCCGGAAACCUCAUCUUCCCUGGGGUGAAGAUUUCGUCUGACAGCCAGUUCACUGAGUUCCUGGAUGGACUAGGCCCCGCCCAGCUCGCCGGGAGACAAACGCUGGCCACGCCCCCUAUGGGAGACAUCCAGAUCGGCAUGGUGCACAGGAAGGAGCGUCUGGAUGUGGAGGUGAUCAGAGCCCGGGGCCUGGUGGGCAAGCCAGGCAACAAGCAAACGCCCGCCCCCUAUGUGAAGGUGUACCUGCUGGACAACGGCAAGUGCGUCAACAAGAAGAAGACGCGGUUGGCCAGGAAGACGCUGGACCCCCUCUACCAGCAGCAGCUGCAGUUCGAGGAGAGCCCCGAGGGCAAGGUCCUGCAGAUCAUCGUGUGGGGAGACUACGGCCGCAUGGACCACAAGUCCUUCAUGGGCGCCGCCCAGAUCCUGUUGGACGACCUGGAGCUGACCAACAUGGUGAUUGGCUGGUACAAGCUGUUCCCGCCCACCUCGCUGGUGGACCCCACGCUGGCCCCGCUGACCAGCAAGGCGGCCCUGGGGGAGGGGGGGUCAGCGUCGCCGGCGCCCUCCGGCUCCAAGGCCCGCUCGUAGCCUAGCGUUAGCCUAGCAUCACGGACACCAAACGAACGAACGAACGAACGAACACGUGAAUAAAAGGAGCUGGGACUCAGUGAUGGUUUGUGAUGUUGCCAUAGCAACACGCAGCAGCAGCAGCACCCAGCUGGCGGGAGGAUG